AUGUUCGGAAGAAAUCCGCCCAGCUCCGCCGUCAUGUCCGGCGUCGUCGGAGAAUCCAUCGUUUCCGGCGUCUCAGUCUCGAUCGAUUCGGAGAAGACUCGGAGAAGACCUGGCCGGAGAGAGAAUGAAUACCCAUACAAAACGGUGGCUUUUGAUGUGCAUAAGAUCGAUCGGGAAGAAGGUGGAGGAGGGAAGUUGAGGUAUGUUGAUGGGUCGUUGAAUGGGCUGGCAAUGUUUGUUGGGCUUAACCACUCGUUCGCGGUGAUGCCUACAAACGGUGAGCUGAAGCCCGAUUCCAUAUACUUCACGGAUGACAAGGUAUUCAACCCGCGAAAUUCGAAUUACAUUUAUGAGGAGGAAAAAAUGUAUGUGGGGCACGAUAUUGGGAUUUAUGAUUACGAGAAGAAGACUAUCUCCCCUUGCUAUUAUCCGUGCGAAGUAGGGAGAUUGAAAAGGAUUAAGAGAGAGGAUGCAAUGCAAAUGAAUGCACAUGAUCAUUUUCAGAGAAUUUCAGAGGAAUGCGGUAGAUCCACAUUGGAGCUAGAGAAAAAGGGGAAUGAUCUCAACGAACUUGAAAAGGAACUGAAGGAGCGUGAAGUUAGGAAUGAAAAUGAGAUCAUAAAUCUUGAAAUGCUUAAAGCUGAGAAAAGCUGCAGAUAA